AUGGAUAAUGUAAUAGAACUCUGUGGGAAAGUAUCUCCAAUCAUUUCACUUAGUCCUACAAGGUUAGAUUGGUGCAUUAGGGUUAGGGUGAUUAGGAUGUGGAGUGUUAGAUCCUCUGUUGUGGGUGGAAAUGGUAAAAAGAUUCAGGCUGUUGUUCCUAAUCAGUGUGUCAAUCGCUUAGUUGGUGUGUUGCAUGAAGAUGGUGUAUAUCUUAUUGCUUUUUUCUAUGUCCAAGAUAAUCACACCCCAUGCAUGAUUACUCUCAAUCCUUACAAAAUAGUUUUUUGCAGUCUUACCAAAGUGUUCUCUUCCGAGAGUUUAGUUAUUCCUCACUAUUCACUGACUUUGCUAUCUUCUGAUAAAAUUAAGAACUAUAAAAAUGGUUUGAAUUACUUAUUUGACGUUAUUGGACUUGUGACUAAUGUUCAUUAUGAGUAUGCUGACCACUACCUUGGAGAAGGAAUGUGUGCUGUGAGAGUUGAGCUUUCUGAUAAGAGAGGAGUAUACCAGUGUUAUCUGUGUGGGAGUUUUGUUCAUCAGUUUAGGGCCAUGGUGUCUGAAUGUUGCAAUGAAUUACCUGUACUGGUGUUGCAGUUUGUUAAGAUUGAUGUUAAGGAAGGCUAUGUUUGUGUUGAAAGUGUUACUGAUGUCACUAGAAUGCUUUUGAAUCCUAAUAUGUAUGAAGUGUCUCAAUUUAAGAAGGAUUUUGCAUAUCUGAACAGUGUUUGUGAUUUUGGCCGCAAUGGUCAGUCCACAAAUGGGACAAUAUCCAGAGAGUUGCAAUUUAACAAGGUGUAUCCUCACAAGACGGUGAAUGAAUUUGUUCAUACACUAGAGGAUGGUUUAUUUGUUAUUUGUGCGAAAAUAGUUGGACUCUUUCAAGUCGAUCAGUGGUGGUAUCCUGUCUGUCACUGCGGUGCUUUUUUGAGUAUUUCGGAUGGUUCAUACUAUUGUGACAAAUGCCAUCUUUGUGUUUUCAGUUCUACUUCCAAAUGCAAGCUUCAGAUUGCUAUCCAAGAUCAGACCUCUGCUGCAUUGCUUCCCAUGUUUGAUUAUCUGGUUAAAGAAAUUGGCUGCAUUAAUAACAAUGGUCUUGAUUUUGCUCUGAGUGUGAAUGGUGCUGCCAUUUUGAAUAAGAGGAUAGUUUUAUUAAUUGUCAAAAAGACCCAAAGGGUUGAUGAAAUGUCUAAUCAUGUUGUUGAAGUUGUUCACAUUACUGAUGAAAUGGGAUUAAUUAAGCAGUUUCAUAGUGAUGGCAGAUAUUUCACUCCAACAAAGUGUGUCUACAAACCUCCCUUUGGUGCUUCCAGUUCCCGGGUGUGUGAUGCUGGGAAACUUUCUGCUGCUACUGCUACUGCAUAUUCUAUUGUUGCAGAAAAGGAGUUGGCCAACAAAGAUGGUUCUAAGGAUGAGGUUAAUUGCUUGGUUGGUGCAUCGAAAGAAAAAAACCAAGGGGUCACGUUUGAAAGUCAGGGUGGAACUUUUUUCACUUCUAUUAGUGGUGAAGGAUCUUCUACUUGUGGGAAUUAA